AUGGUUGACAUCAAUCCGCAGGCAAUUGGCCAAACACAGGCGCCUCCGUUGAAGACGCAAUCGAAGGAGCGCUCUCAGAAACGCGGGCCAUCUAUCCACCAGAUAUAUGCCCUUCCGGCUCCGAUUCGGACCUUUCCACUGCCCACCUUUUAUCCUAGCAAUCCCAUUUCGCUGUUCUACGUACUGUCAGCAUGGCUAAGCCAAACGUUCUCACCCCCCCCGGCCGAGCCGUCGGUGGUGCACCUGGGUGUUUGGUCGGAGGCUACGACGUCGGUCCAUGUGACUGACGCAAAGUCGAUGAGAGCCUUGUGGGAGCAAGGCUUCUACGGCAAGGGAAGCCUGAGCCGAAGUGAACCGAAUUGGCUCAAGCGAGAGGAGGUUCGGCUCGGCUUGCAGGAAACGCAUGUCAGUGAAAUUCUGACUGUCCAAAGACGGCAGGAGCGGGCCGAAGCCAAGUGGGAGCGUGCAAGGCUUGAGCAGGAGGCCAUUCAGAGCACGAGGCUGGAAGAAGCACGUCGGGCGUCGGCCGGAACGGAGAGGCUAGCCGAUGCCUCGGCCCCGGCGCGAGCACCCACCGGGCCCUUGGAGCUCCUGUCGCUGCCCAACUCGGAUGCUACAUCAUCCGCCGUCGGCCAGCCGGCAGCCUGCCAAGAGAAGAAUGCCUUGACGAACGGACAUGUCGAGGACGCGUCCUCGGCCACGAUUCCGACGGCUGACGAAUCAAAAAAUGUUGUGAAGAAUUUCAAGGUCAAUGGCACUGCCGCAGGCGGCAUCGAUGACGACUGUUUACACGUCGCAUCGACUGCCACGGGAUCUUCGGACGCAUCUCACGGGCCUGUCGAGAGCAAGUCACUGAGACGGCAGAAAAGCGUUCGGUUUUCUCGUGACGUGGAAUCGAACACGUUUCAGUCAUCAGACCCACCGAGUCCCCAUCACUCGUCGGCAGCCAACGGGCGGCUGAUGGCCAGGGACAUGGGCGAAGAAGACGCCGCAACCGAGGCGCAAGCGAUUGUCAACAAGGAACACCUGCAGCUGACAACGGAGGAGGCCUUCUUCUUGGCCUUUGGGCUUGGCGCUCUCAGGGUGACGGACCCACUGUCGGGUGCGGUGUUGCCGGCGCGGGAUAUGCUGAGAUUGUUCCGGCAGCACUCGUACUUUCCGCCUCGAGUAGAAGCCGACGAUCCCGAGCCUGGGCCGGACGAUACUUUCUUGCUGCACUACGUUGUCUAUCACCAUUUUCGAUCGCUCGGGUGGGUGCCGCGAGCGGGCAUCAAGUUUGGCGUCGACUGGCUCCUGUACACGAGGGGACCAGUCUUUGACCAUGCCGAGUUUGGCCUCAUCGUCAUUCCCUCGUACUCGGACGCAUGGUGGAGGGAUUCGGGAAAGCAGGCAGCGCAGAAGACGUGGCAUUGGCUUCACAGCACUGUACGGGUACUGUCGCACGCGACAAAGAGCCUGGUGCUGGUGUACGUGGACGUGCCAGCACGGCCCGCCUUUGACGACGCGCUGGAGAAGGGGAUCAGCAGCGCGUUGGCGCUGUACAAGGUCAGGGAGGUGAUGGUGAAGCGAUGGUCGAGCAACCGAAACCGGUAG